AUGGAUGAAGCCCUUCGCACACACAUGGAGCUCCACAAACUUAAAGAGACAAACCAUCCUGAUCAAACUCUCCAACGUGGUGGUGGUUUUGGACGGAUUAUUGAACGGGGAAAUAAUUGGUUGAAAAAACACAAACCUCAGCACACAAAUAUACCGUCUUUUUCUCCUCCUCCGUCCGCCUUAAGCUCUUCCAAGGGCACACACAGACCUGGUCAUUAA